GCCGAGGGGGAAUACAUCACCCAGCCGGCCGCGCGCCGCCCUUCCGCGCAUGCGCCGCCGCCGGCUGGGCUGUUGCUCCCUGACGGGUGGCUGCGGCGGCUGCUCGCCAUGGAGUCCUACGACGUGAUAGCGAACCAGCCCGUCGUCAUAGACAACGGCUCGGGUGUGAUUAAAGCAGGCUUUGCAGGCGAUCAAAUACCGAAAUACUGCUUCCCAAACUAUGUGGGGAGACCAAAGCACGUUCGUGUUAUGGCUGGUGCUUUAGAAGGGGACAUCUUCAUUGGUCCGAAGGCAGAGGAGCACAGAGGUCUCCUCUCAAUCCGAUACCCGAUGGAACACGGCAUAGUAAAGGACUGGAACGACAUGGAGCGCAUCUGGCAGUACGUGUAUUCAAAAGACCAGCUUCAGACGUUCUCAGAGGAGCAUCCUGUGCUGCUGACAGAAGCACCCCUAAACCCACGUAAGAACAGAGAACGUGCUGCUGAGGUGUUUUUCGAGACCUUCAACGUGCCAGCACUGUUCAUUUCCAUGCAAGCUGUGCUCAGCCUGUAUGCUACUGGGAGGACCACGGGGGUGGUGCUGGACUCGGGGGAUGGCGUUACCCACGCGGUUCCCAUUUAUGAAGGCUUUGCCAUGCCUCACUCCAUCAUGCGGAUUGACAUCGCUGGCCGCGAUGUGUCCCGCUUCCUGCGCCUCUAUCUGCGGAAGGAAGGCUACGACUUCCACACAACCUCAGAGUUUGAGAUUGUCAAGACCAUCAAGGAGCGUGCCUGCUACCUGUCAAUAAACCCCCAGAAGGAUGAGACUCUGGAGACCGAGAAGGCUCAGUACUACCUGCCAGAUGGGAGCACGAUUGAGAUCGGCCCUGCCCGUUUUCGAGCCCCGGAGCUCUUGUUCCGGCCAGACCUGAUAGGGGAGGAAUGUGAAGGACUCCAUGAGGUGCUCGUUUUUGCCAUUCAAAAAUCAGACAUGGACCUGAGGCGAACGCUGUUCUCCAACAUUGUGCUGUCUGGAGGCUCCACGCUUUUCAAAGGCUUUGGUGAUAGGCUCUUGAGCGAAGUGAAGAAACUAGCUCCGAAGGACGUCAAAAUAAGGAUAUCAGCUCCUCAGGAGAGAUUGUAUUCCACGUGGAUCGGUGGCUCUAUUCUGGCCUCACUGGACACCUUUAAGAAAAUGUGGGUUUCGAAAAAGGAAUAUGAAGAAGACGGAGCUCGUGCCAUCCACCGAAAAACCUUCUAGCCCUGGGACCUGUCCUCAGUCUCCUCCGAAGACUCACUUCAGUUCUAAACUCGCUUUUCUGAGUCCGAGUGUCUGAGAGCUGCCUGUAUGUGUGUGUGUGCGCCAGCAUGCCCCGAUGUCACUGAGCAAAGACGACAGCAGCAGGAGGGUUGUAUUCAUACUAACUUCAUAUUUUUUAUUUUUUGACUGUUUUUGGUUUUUUUUUUUAAUGGAAAGGAGAAACCCCCAGUCUGAAUUUCUCCAGAAUGGCCCAUUCCUUUUUCAUUUCAGUCCCUUAGUUUCUGUGUUACGGUCACAUUUGCCACUGUAAAAUGAGCAAGCGAAAACAAAAGGGAACAGCUUAGAAUCUGCCUAGCAAGCCAGAAGGGAGCCAACCACUGCAAACCCCUCACGCAGGCUUUAGUCGGCCUGGCUGCAAUGCCUGGGUUGUCUGGAAAUACACAGCGGAGGCCCCGUAGCUACGUUCUUAGUCUGCAGCGUCUUCGACAUCAGUAGGUUUUGGAAGUUGUUUUUAAUAUAUUUUUUUAAUUAAGAGGAAGCACAUUCUCAACAGUUCAGCCCGUUUGCCCCCACUGUUUUUGGUGUGUGUGUGUGGGUGUGUGUGAGUGUGGCGGGGUGGAACUUCUCAGACUGAUGUGUGGGUCGGUGCCGCAGCCGGAGAAGUCGGUGAUAGGACUUAGUUCAUAUUGCAUGGAGUAGAACAAAGCAAUCUCUAAUCAGCUUUCAUUAUGCUAGACGGUUACUCUCUCAUUCCUUGUUUUAAAUAACUUUUCUCCUCUGGAAGCAAGUGCCCCGGAGUGGGGGUGAAGGCACUUGUGUGUUCCCCCUCAACCUGCCAAGAGUCACAGUACUGAGCUCUCACCUUCUUGCUCUGUAAGAGCUGAGGCUGUUUGCCUCCUCCUCGCCACGUCAGGGCGAAGGGAGCACGCGAUUUCAGCCAGGCAUAACUCGUGUACUAUAUCCACUCGGGGGCUAAGUACUAGUUGGAAAGGUGCGUCGUAAUGUAAGAAUUGUUUUAUUUAUUGAAAUGUCUGCGUAUAUCUCCAAUACUGACCGCAGCACCUGGGAAUUUUGCUUCGGGUCUUCCUUGAACGCCUGCUCCCCAGUUGUCUGUUGUUUGAUGUUAACACUGUUUACAGCACACACACGCUUCGCAAAAUAACCGGCCAGCCCUGCAUCGCCGCUCGGUAACCGUUCUGUAGGGAGCCUCGCUGUUCUCUGGGAAUACACUAAAGGAGAGGACAAGAAAUCACCUCAACACGGUGGUGGGAGCAGCAAGCUGGCGCAGGGGCUGCGUUCUGCUGUCCUCUCGUGCUGCUUAGGCCUUUCUGCUCAGCUGCUGGCUGUUCUCUAGAACAUCCUCAUCCCUCCCGCAGCUCGCGUGGAGGUGUGGCACUGUUCCCCUUGCUUCUGUUGGUGCUCUUCAUUUCCUUCACCACUGAUUUUUCUGUAUUACCCGGCAUUCGCAGUGGGCCUGGAGUUGUUCGGUGGCAGUUCCUCCCUGUUCCCCUCCUUUCUGUUCGUUUCCACCCAUCACCUUGGGGUCACUCCCUCGCCAGAGCUGAGAAGGGGCAGGAGCUGGAGGGUUGCAGCAGCCCCUGCUGCGGAGGCUCGGCGGGAGCUGGCGUGAAUGUAAGCAAGCAGCACGCUGCCCUAGCACAAAGGGGGUUCUCCGGGAUCCGAGAGGCUGCAGGUAGGCAGGUUGGGUGCUCUGCUCCCAGCUGAGGCCGUGUUGCUUGUUCUCCUACCCCUACCAGAACAGAUCAUGGUUUUUAAGCAAGAACCCAGUCAGGUAGGGACGAGCUCUCACUGCUCAGCCUCCUCCUGCCAGAAAAUAAGUUGUGUUCUUGCUGGUUUGUUGUUAACGUGCGGAGGGGAAGAAGCAAACCCCUCUGCUCGCCUACCACGUGCCCCAGGCAGUGCCAGUGAUCUCUUCCUCCCCUUCCCAGCCCCUCUGCUGGCCUCGCAGAAGCAGCAGUGCUCCAUUUUGUAAACUGCAGUGACCGGACAGAAAGGUGCCGUCUCCAAUCUAGCAUUUGUUUGAUCUGCCUGACUGUUCCCUUGCACACUGUCCAAACCAUGUUGCCUGGUGGUGCCCAGCAUACUUAAAUAAAGUCAUUCAUAUACAAAC